UGCGAAAAUCCUAGCGCCUUCAGCAUUGGUUUGUGAAAUGGCCAAGUCCAAAAAUCACACAGCUCACAACCAGUCGUACAAGGCCUAUAGGAAUGGCAUCAAGAAGCCAAGAAAGCACCGCCAUUCAUCUACCAAAGGAAUGGAUCCUAAGUUCUUGAGGAGCCAGAGGUAUGCCAGGAAGCACAAAAACAUUAAGAGUGGUGGAUCUGCCGAUGAAGAGUAAACAAAUCCCUUAAAGUAACCAUGGCUAGCAAUGCUUUUUGAAUUUGGGAUUUUUUUAUCUUGUUAAGUUUUUGUUUUUUGUUAUGGAAUUAUAGUGGUUACUUACUAGAAUGGAACCUAAUUUAGUUUGUUAUUCUGUUAUCUAAACCAGUUAUUAGUCUCUUUUAAU